AUGCGGCAAAGCAAUUCGGAGCUCCCAUCACGCGACAAACUUUUGACCCUCUUCUUCUACGCGGCCACUCGCCCCCGCCUCGUCGAAUCCAGGUCUGUCGAAAGGUCGAGUCCUCUCAGACGCAUUGCGACGAGCUGCCAUUCCGCCCCUGUCCGCGCGACAGCGGCUCAGACUCGUCCCGGCAUGGAACUGCGACCCCUUGUUCGGCCGGCAGCGCGCUUGCUCAACCUCCGCUCCUCCUCCACGCCCUCUCUCCUGCCCUUCACAUGCACCCGCGGCCACAAGACGACGGCUCGCACGAAACGCUCGCUCAAAAUAGCGCCGCACGACUCUUUCCUUCCCGACCGCUCCGCCCCUUUCCCCGCCGCCGACUCCAUCAUCUACAACCCGCCAGCCUCCGAGGCCUCGCCCGCCCACACGCCUUUCCUCUUCCUCCCGCUCGACGACCCCCGUCGGCUCGCCCUCUUGCGCAUGCGAGGAGGUGCCGACGCGGCGGCGCUCGGCUCGGGCGAGGAGCAAGCCAACCUUCCGCCCGUGAUGCGCUAUCACAGACGCGAGCCCACCUAUCACCUCAAGGAGGAGGACAUCGCCGAGAUGAAGCGUCUGAGAUCCGAGGAUCCCGUCAAGUGGAGCGUCGGUCAUCUGGCGCAAAAGUUCGACUGCUCGCCCAUAUUCGUCAAGAUGGUUGCCCCCGCACCGGCCGGCCACCUCGACUGGCUCAGGAGCAAGUUGGAUCGGAAAAUGGCCCGAUGGGGACCCAAGAAGACGCAGGCGAGGGAGGAUCGCAGGAGGAGGGCCGAGAUGCUGUACCGUGGCGAGCUAUGA